ACAAGAGGCAUCGACAGAGAAGAGUGAAGGUGCAAAAGACCAACACCGCGAUAAGAAAGGAACCUGCAGCAGUCGCGGAGAACAAAGGAGAGGCAGAGAGACAGAACGAGCGAGCGAGCGAGAGAGAAAGAAAGAGAGAGAGAGAGAGAGAGAGAGCCUUCCCCACUCCCACCUCCCUCUCUCUUCCUUCAAGAGCAGGCGUGACACACGGACGAGCCGCAGGCAUGGAGACGGGCAGCCCACGGAAGAUCCAGUUCACUGUCCCCCUACUCGACUCUCACCUGGACCCUGAGGCAGCUGAGCAGAUCCGGAGGAGACGGCCUACUCCCGCCACGCUGGUGGUCUCAAGUGACCAGUCCUCUCCAGAAAUUGAUGAAGACAGAAUACCCAACCAGCUCUACAAGGCAGCCUUGAUGAACUCACCACGUCAGAGGAGGAAGGGAGCCAGAGGCACACCCACGAUGAAAGAACUGCAGUUUCUGGUUGAGCAUCACCUGUACAAGCAGCAGCAGAAGCAGCAGCAGGGAGGUGACGAGUGCUCCUCAGAGAGCCAGGACUGCUUCUCCGACCGGCCUAGCCCCGACUGCCUCCACUGUAGUGCGGACCUCCCAGAAGACGACGGCGUGUGGACUUUGGAGGACAGAGUGAAUGUGGACGGCAAGGAAAAGGAGCAAAGCCAGUUGGAAUGUCCAGAAGAAAAAUCAGGGCCCAGCAACCAAGCAGAACAGAAGAGUAGCACUCUUGUAAACGAGGAGGACUGCGAAACAACAGGAGCCAGUGAGGCAGAAUCCACACCUCUUCCAGCACACGCAGAAGGCACAAGCUCUCAAGAAAAUUAGGCGGCAGAUAUGAAGACAGGAAAACCAUUUCUAGGAGGGUCUUUUAUAGACUCAAUGAAUCAUUUUUAAUUUAUUGUCAAAUUUCUCCCUUCUCUUGGCCACAUUUCAAGGUCAAGGUCAAGGUCCGGUUUAUUGUCACGUGUAUAGAGUAUAGUAAAGUUCUUACAUGCAUGACAAACACAUUGCUUUUGAGAGAUGACUAAAAACAGGGGUUUAGUUUUUCAUUCUAAAGGUCUUGUGCAUUCAGUUGAGAGUCACAGGACUUUCUCCAAAACUGAUUUUAAUUUCAUUGAAGAGAUCAACGUAUGUACUCAUAUACACAUUAUAUAUUGUAUAUAUGAUAUACAGUAUAUAUAAAAUAAAUUCCUAAUGCCAUUCUUUAGUAAUUUGUUGACCUCAGAACUGGUCAAAGCAGUGAGUGCUUUCUGUUAGCGCCCUGUCUCAAGCCGACAGCUUCACACCAGUAAGUCACAGUUUGUCUCUUCUAUGCACACUCUUGUUCACGGACUUGCAAGCAAGGUGGACCUUGUGAAAAAAAGCAGUCCCCCAGAUGGAUAGGGUGUCCCUCACACUGCUGCUCACUGUGCCAGUGGUGCUUUUAUCCUGCCCCACACCAGACUCAGCACAAUUAGACAUUAAGGAGCUCUGUUCUAUUUGUAUCUUAGGAAUGACACACUAAUGUUACAGUAAUACUGUAUGCCCACCUCUGUCAAUUCCUUACAACACUAAUGUCUAAUUCAUUAAUCAGAUUUUUAAAGGACAAAACUAUUGAUGUACCGAAAUUAAAAAAAAAAAAACACUGGUC